CUCAAACCGCUGAUGAGAUGACACUCUCCACCACACACUAUGAGGGGACUUGAAUCUCCUUGGGGGGAGGUCGUUGUCAGGGUAACCAGGAAGGGAGGGCUUACUGCAAGAGUCAGCUACCGGGAACUGCAGGAGACCACACCAGCCUGGUUUCAAAGGCUUAAAGGCUUCUCUUUCUGGAGCUCAGAGGACCCACGACCGGCAGCUUCUUCAUCUCCCAGGCCCCAGACACCCAACUGCUCAUCUCCAUGGAGCUCUGUCGGUCCUUGGCCUUAUUCACUGGCUGCCUGGGCCUGGUGUCCAUCGUGAUCGCUCUGAGCACGGAUUUCUGGUUCGUGGCCGUGGGGCCUAACUUUUCAUUUCACUCGGGCCUCUGGCCAGAGGGGUUUCACAAUACGGUGGCAGCCUACAUCCACGUGACACAGAGCUUCAGCAUUCUGGCCGCCCUGUGUGGCCUGGUGUCGGUGCUCCUCAUGGUCCUGUCCUGCAUCCCCCCAGUGUCCAUCCCAGACCGCGGGCCCCUUGCCUCCUCUGUCACAGCCUUUGUUGCAGCCAUCUUCGUGAUGGUGGCCAUGGUCGUCUACACCAGUGAGCGGUGGAACCAGCCCCGACACCCCCAGAUCCAGUCCUCCUUCUCCUGGUCUUUCUACCUGGGCUGGGUUUCGAUGAUUCUCUUGCUCUGUGCAGGUAGCCUGAGUCUGGGUGCUCAUUGCAGUGCCCCCCGGCCUGGCUAUGACACCUUGUGAGCGAGAGAGGCGACAACGGCAAGGUGAGGCGCUAUUCUCUGAAGACACCGUCAGGAGCCUCAGGCCCCCGCAGCCCCCCCUCCGGCCCUUACCCCCAGCCCUCCCCCAACCCCUUCAUUUGCUUCUUUACCCAUUCAACAAACAUUUGCUGGGAUCUGGUAAUUCUGGGAUUAAUUCCGUCAUGACAUAAGCUGAGGGCAAGCCAGCUCCAUGCUGGGUGACAGAAAGGACUCAGAGCCCUUACCUGUCAUCCGUCUGCUACCACCCGGUACAGGGGCCACCGUGGCCCCGUGUCAGCUCCCUUCUCCAGGCCUUGCCUUUCUCCCUGUUUCCAUCUCAAGACCCUGUCCUUUGUCUUUCCCACAUUAGUGCUCUUUCCUUCUUACUCCCUGAUUUUGCCA